GAAUAGUGAAGGAGUGGAGCAGUAAUAAAUUUUUAUCACAUUUUAUAUUGUCGAAUUGCAUAGAUAUUGUGUUAGUUCUGUAAAUGGAGCACACACCUAGGCAAAACACAUCUGCAUUUUCUCAUAGUACAUUUUUUUUUUAAAUGCACUGAAUUCUAAAGAUCCUUUUUAGCCUGCAACUCUUCAAUCUUAUGCUUCUUAAAUAUUGUCUGUCGCAUCGUUUGAUUUGUCGUCAUAGGCUUAAUAUGGAUAACUGCUGUGUGCAUUGUGGAAUUUGUUCCUUUUUUGCUUUAACUGUUAUACACUGUCUUACUUUUGCUACCUCCCGAACUCUUUAGUUAACUUUUUUUUUCGUCACACAAAAAUGAAAGCAGCAAUGACUUGAGCGAAACUUGACGACUUAAAAUAUAUAGAGAGACUCGUUAGCAAGUGCCUCUUCAGAGUUGCAUUUUACUUCUCUCGAUGGAAUGAACUUUUUUUGUGAUUCGGUACCUUUCUUGCCUGCACCCAUUUGUGAUGCGUGAAACCGACACUUUACAUCGGAAGAACAACUCAGAGGCGGUCUUCCUGUCUAGACACAUUCGGGGUGAUUUUGUUUAUUUAUCCUGUUGUGGACCGUCUGAGCAUUACCCCAGUCACUUUACACUCUGAGACAGCGUCGCCGGUCCCCAGUCAGGCUGGCGUGCGUGGAUCGCUGGGCAUGAUGGGGGAUGAAGUUGCCGGAGAGCGUGCCACGACGCGUGGGUCUGCGACACCUGCGUAUCGACUGGCGUUGGCUAAUAAGAGGGACGGAUGGUGGUUUCUUCAAAACGUGCUCCGUAUGGCAGACACGUGCUUUGAGCGCUUUCUGAGUACACCACGCGCAGGUUACAAAAGGGUGAAGGGGCCCUAGUCAGGGGCCCGGAACACACCCGGGUUAGUUAAUGAGAGGAAAUGUAAUUGUCCAGCUCACAAGUUACGGAAACCACGGAGACCAAGUGGUUUGGUCUAUCAGGGAAAGUUGCACAGGCCACACCUUGUCAUCUUUCUCCCUAGGAACCAAGCCUCUGCUCAGAACCCCUUGGCGAGGUGUGCACAACUGUGACCUCAUGUGGGAGGAAUCUAAUAAUCGAUGGAAUUCGGAACCGUGAGAUUACGAAAAAAUUGAGAUCCCAUGUCUAAUGUAUGACAUAUGAAUCUUUUUUUUUCCGAGAAUGUACUAUGAUUGCUAUUCUCAUUCCAUUUCGCUUCUUUCGAUUUAUUCAUAUUCGUCUAGACGUGGAGAUAACUCAUAUUGGUUUGAUUUAUUCACCGAUAUUAAAAUUUGCCUAUCGAAAAGGUACACCAAGAAGAAAUUUAAGACAAUGGCAUUACUACCACUCCGCGUGCGAAGGGAAUCAGUCAACAAGCCUUUUAAGGGCCGUCUGCGGCGGUCGCUUUUCGUUGGGGUUAUCGGAGUGCUUUUAAUACUUCUUUGGCUAUACUACGCUGGCGAUUCGAGGCGGAUCCCAUUUACACCAUCCGUGCUUCCUCCUGGUGGUACGCAGGAUAUGUUCCUCCGUUCCACAGGGACUCGCGUGGUUGUUUUCGUUAUGAGUGAUAAAAUAGAUGAUGCCCUUUGCUAUUCUGCGGGCUCAGCUUACUUAAACGGACUGCCCGUGGUGGUGGCCGGCUAUCGGAUGAAGUAUCGUGGGUUUCUGUCCAAAUUUGAAUUCAUGGAAAGGGCCAUCGAGAAUGCGGAGUUGCAGCCAGAGGAUGUGGUCAUUGUAGUGGAUUCAGACACGAUCUUCACGGGUGCGGACCUUAAUCCGUUCCUGGAUCGCUUCAUUGCGCGGUCCGCUCCCACGCCUAAGCUGCGAUGUGUGUGCGUCUGGAAACGGGGAUGA